AGGAACGAACUUGGAAAUCUAGUCAGAAAUUUUUAAAAAUUCUAUUUGAAAGGUAUUAGAAAACAAUUAAAUAGUAACUUCUGAUUUAGUACAUGGAAUUGAAUCGUAAAAGAGAUAACAGAUAUAAUCGCUAUGAUGUGUCAACGAUAUUAGUUAAUACAUUUCGACGAUGAUAAUGCAAAGUAAUAUUAAAAUCCACAAGGGUAUGCUGAACACCCUAUAUACAGCAGAAAUUAUAUGUCAGCAUCGUCUCGUGUGGGGUAUGGCAAGUUCAUGUUUUAGCAAUGUGGACGAGUAUGGCUUCGAAAGACCACAUGAUUUUGACUAUGAAACUUAUGAAGAUUUUAUCUCGGAGUACCUCAAAGUACUUGCUAAAAGAGCAAAGAAAUGGGCUGAAAUCAUUGGUGAAGGAAAAUCAUUACAGCGCAGUAUUACAAUAAAAAGAUACGUUCGUAAAGGCAUACCAAGCGAACAUAGAGGAUUAGUAUGGCUUUCUGUUAGUGGAGGAGAAGAUAUGAAGAAUGCAUCCCCAGAUCUCUACCAGAAAUUAUUACAAUCUUCUCAUAAUAAAGAAGUUGCAGAUAUUAUUAAAACUGAUCUACCAAGAACUUUUCCUGACAAUAUAUUCUUUAAUAACACAGAAAAUCAACAGCAUCAACUAUACAAUGUUUUACUAGCUUUUGCUCAUCAGAAUAAAACAGUAGGUUAUUGUCAAGGCUUAAAUUAUAUAGCAGGUUUGUUACUGCUUGUAACAAAAAACGAAGAAACAGCUUUUUGGUUGUUAAAGGUUCUAAUAGAAACAAUUUUACCUGAUUACUAUACACCAACCAUGAAUGGCUUGCUUACAGAUAUUGAUGUGCUUGCAGAAUUAGUCAAGAUAAAGAUGCCAGACGUUUAUGAGCAUGUCACGAACAUAGGCCUACCUUGGGCAGUCAUUACAACAAAAUGGUUUAUUUGUUUGUUUGCAGAAGUCUUACCAAUCGAGACAACGCUGCGUAUAUGGGACUGUCUGUUUUACGAAGGCAGUAAGAUUAUAUUUCGUGUUGCAUUGACUCUGAUAAAAAGGAACAAAUGCAACUUGCUUGCGUGUCAGAAUUUUACAACAUUAGCUGAAUGCUUUAAAGAAAUAACAAAGGACAGUAUUGUUUUAAAAUGUCAUGACUUCAUGCAGAGUAUAUUUAAAGUACCGGGAUCACUGCCUGGUAGUACGAUUCUAAAAUUACGAACAAAAAUAUCGCGACAACGCAUAGAACAAAAAGAGAGCAAAUUAGGACGAUAGUACUAAGAAAAAGAUUCUGUCCACUGAAAUAUUCUAGUCAAUAUAUUGUUUUUUUUUUUUUAUAAUUAUUACAAAACGAGUAUGCUGCGUAAGAUUGUAUUAUAAUGUUACGUCUACAGAGUUCCUGUAAAUAUAAAUUUAACACGAAAAGGUAAGACAAUAUACCGGAU